UCGAUUUCUGCGUCGGUUCGGCUCGGUUCGGUUCGUCUCUGUGCUGCGUCAAGAAAAUAAGCUCAGAAACAAAACGAAUUUCGACGCGUUACCAGCAACAUCGUGAGCGCUCGCUUGGCCGCAAAAAACAGAGAGAGAGAGAGAGAGAGCGAGAGCGAGAGAGAGCGAGAAUCCCAACCGAUCCCAGGAAAGAAAGAUCCCGACGCAAUGAGCGCCGUCGAUGCCAUCAUCAACUACAAGCGUAGUCCCAACGAGGACUUUUACGCCCUGCUCCACUGCGAUGAGACCUCGUCGCCCGAGCAGAUCCAGGCGGAGUACAAGGUGCUGGCCCUCCAGUACCACCCCGACAAGAACAGCGGCGACAAGGAGGCCGAGGCCAAGUUCCAGAACCUAAAGGAGGCCAAGGAGACCCUUUGCGAUCCGGAGAAGCGGGCCGUGUACGACAAGUGGCGCAACAGCGGCAUCUCGAUGAGCUACAAGCAGUGGCUGGGCAUGAAGGAGCAUGUCGGUCAGGUGAGAAGAUACACGAUUGCCGAGAAAGUGGAUAAAGAGUCGAUGCAUUGGGUCACCCCAAAGACCAAGGAUCGCAUGUUGCCGGAGACCGCAGAUGGAGCUGGAAUCGGACCGGGAGCUGGAGCUGGAGCCGGGGCUGGGUGCAGCAGUGGCGGGCUGACCGCAGCCUCCCCCAAUCCGGCCCAUCGCCGUGCCUCUGAGGGCGGGGCCGCACUCUACUACGGCGGACGGAAGACCGAGUGGGGGGCCGAGAACACGGAUGUGGCCAACAAGUUCCGCAACUACGAGAUCUAAACAGCAAAGAGCAAAGAGGCGAUGGGGGUGAGGUGUAGGAUGGGAUUGUUUAGAGGCCGGCUUGUGGCCGAUGGGAGUUUCAAUUUAAACAUAUAUACAAGCAUAUAUCAAAGCAAAGGAUCGGCAAGAUGAUCGUCCAGCAGAGUGCAGAAAGCAAAUUAUUCCAUAAACGUUAAUGCAAUUAUAUCAAAAUAUUCAACAAGAACAAAACAAAAGAAAUCAAAACAAACUUAUUAUCGAUGUGAAGUUAAUGCGUUGCAAACAUACAUACUACAGAGCACAGAUACUCUCUCUAUUAUAGAUACGAUACUCUUUAUAUAGGUGUACAAAAGAUAUAGAAAAAUGGUAAUAUAUAUUUAUGCGAAGAAACUGUAAUUUCAAUAAACGAUAAUUGAUAAAUGAGAAACGAUAAUCGAUAAACGGGAAACGAGAAAAGAGGAGGCAUAGCGUGUGCGGCAACAAUUUUAAGUUAAACUUUAAAGAUAGUAAAAUUUUAACGAUGAAUAUACCAUAUACAGAUGCUGUUUACUAUAUACACAAUAUAUACAGACAUAUAUACCUAUAUUUAUGUGAAACCGUGUAUUUGUAUAUCGAUGUUGAAUGUGAAUGUGUACCAUGUGCCCCCAAAGACAAUCCCUUGGCAAGACAUACUGAAAAUUAAACUAUGACUUAACUUAAACUGAAACUAAAACUAAAACUAGUGAACAGAGACACCCACCACAACGCGAAAGCGGAACCGGAAACGAGUUCGGUCCAUUACACACACACAAACACACUCAAACCCAUGCAAAUACACACACACAUUAAAAAUGGAAAACACAUACAUAUAUAAUAAAGCGAAUUUAAUCUUUAUACACAAGAAAAAAGAAACAAGAAACAUGAAACAUGAAUCAUUUGCAUAGUCAAAAGAACUUUCACUCGGUGUCCUUUCAAUUGCAACUUGAAUUGCAGCAAAACUCCACAACUGACAAACUAUUUUAUUUACUAGAAGAAAAACAAAACGAUAUAUCGAGAGAUAUGUAAGAAAACUACAAAAAAAGAAUAAGAGAAAUUUAUAUAAAUGUUUUGACGGAUAGAGCGGUGAACUUUUCAACUUAUACUCGUACGCAUAUACAAGCCCCAGAUCCCCAGAAAAAGACAACAAGAAUUACUGUCAUAUUAUAUUCUACUAUUACUAUUAUGCCAAAGAGCAGAUAAGAAACCACACGUAAUUACUAAAUGUUGUUGCCGGAAUCAAAGGCAUUACAUACUCGUAUAUCUACAAAUACACACAUAUGGAUGUUUGUUUUAA